GUAUCCUAAAUCAGGGGUUCUUAAACAGCGGCAGGUUCUACUCGGCUGUACCAGACAUGGGAUUGCUUAUUGAAACCUAAAUAGAAAGAACCUUGCUCCGAGGCGAUUAUUGAUAAGCAAAAAUGAAAUAGCAUGAAACACCCAUUAUGAAUUUUAACUGAUAACUGGUGUAAAAACUGUUAAACUGAUAGUUCAUGUAUUUAUCACAGUUCACCCUUUGCAAAUUAGUUUAAAAAGAGUACGCCAACAUUAUUCAAGACACAUAUGGGUGUACAGUAGCAUGGAAGGUUCAAAAAGUCUGAUUUGUAUUCGAUAAAACUAACAAGGGUUAUAAACUGGUGAAACUUUCGGACUAAAUAUUUCAGUUUUCUAUAAUAGUUUUAUGACGUCAUAAAUACUUUAUUGUUUGGAAAGUACCUUCAUAAUUCUAAUUUCGUUUUAAUAUAUUUGUCGUCAAAAUCGAGAAUGGAAUUUAAAUUACCUGAGCUGUCGAUGCAAAAAGAAACAAGAAAUAGCGAAGGACUAUCAGGAUGUUUCGGAUCGGUCACGCCGAAGAGUAUGUUGUGUGCCAUAAACAAAUCUCUGGAAAACCGGCAUCUGGACAGUACCUACAGCGAGCCGAGUUUCGGAAGACAACAAAGAUUACUGGUCCCUAUCCCGCGAUCAGAUACAAUUCUCAGAGAUAUGCCCUCUUCGCUUGGCAGUGAUUACUGUUUGUUAAACGAUGGUUUGAGUCGAGUUUACGCAAAGCUGUCACGAAUAGAAUUGGAGCAGUCUGAAUCAGAAAUUAAAAAUCCCUAUAAAAUGUUGCCAAAAAGAGAACCAAGGAAGAAAAAAAGAAAACCGUUCAACAUUACAGCUUACGCAAAAGACUUUAUGAGCAGUGUUGCCAGCUCGCCGCAUUUAAAAAAAUCGCGGACCAACAUGAACAACGAUUUCCUAUUGAAAAACUCGGGCAAAAUUUUAUCUUCAGAUUGUCUACAUCUACAAGCUACAUCGCUGGAGAAGUUAUUGCAGAAUUCAUCCAGUACUGCGCUUCCUGUGCCAGUCUGUAGUCCAAGUGAGACGGGAAGAAUUCUAUUACCGGCCAUGAAGUCAAAAGGCAAAAAGAUCAAGAAUGGGGAUUCAUGUUUUUUAAACCGGUACACACACACAGUUGAAUCCCUGCCCACUACUCAGUCACUGCAGUCACUGAGAAGAGGUAAUGCAACCCCGCCACAAUGUAUCUCAAAGUCAAUGCUCUACUCGCACGCGCCAAAGGCAUCUUCUUCUGAGAGCAGUCAAGUAGAACGAGCUGUUUCUAAGCAACAUCAAAAGAAGCAGUUUGUGAAAAUUGCAACAAAAUCUUUAACGAAAUUUUUUGAAAAUCAGAAAAAGAAAUCUAAUGGUGACGUCACAAAGCGUCAGAAUAUUUUUUCACAGAAAACUAAAAAUAUAGAAACUGAAGCCGAAAAAAACAACGAAGACAGUCAAAUCGGCAGAGGUUCUUUAAAUUCUAACUCUAAAGAAAGAAAAUUCGCCGUGCAAACAGGAGAGUCAAUCGAUAUGAGGUCAGAUGUUCCUUGCCCUCCAAUGGAAUCAACAUCUGGUCCUAUACAACCGUUGGAGCACGUAAAAAGUCCGUCAGAAGAUGACUUUUAUUCCGCCGAGGAAACACUGCCCAACGACGUUACCAUGUCCACCAAUGAAAAUGACGUUUCGUUAGCAAAAGACGGCGAUGCCAAAACAGCAAAGGAACUCGUUUCUGUCCAGGAAGACCAUUUAAAAUUCCCCAAGAGACGAAAACUAGAACCGCUCAAGUAUCGUUUACCUAAAACUAAAGUAAAUGAAGACUUAAAUCAGCAUGUGAAAAAUAAGACGUCACCACGUAGAAGUAUGCUGCCACCGAUCACUAUCAGUGACCCACUGGUGUCUUCAACUACUAAUUCAAAUGGUUCAUCCCACUCUCGAUGUGGAGCCAAUGAUGCUGAUGAUGAACGAGAGUCAUCGCACACGCUUCUUGAACGAUCGAAGAAAUAUCGAAAGCAAGUUCACUAUUAUUCAAGUGGCUCAGAUACGGAGGAACAAAGUCGCGAUAAAGGAAAACGACGGAAGAAACGAAAACAAAUAGACAAAAAGAUAGCAUACACAAAGGAUAACAAAAGGCUUUCCGAAAUACAAAUUCUCCCUCCCACCCAAGAUUCAAAUCACUCAAAAUCACUGAAUAGCUGUGGAGAUGAGGGUGGUAAUGCACGUACUGCACAACCGCAACAAGACAGAUUACCUGACGUCAAUUGUUCUUCGUGGUCAAAGGGCAAAAACCUUCGAAACAGAACGUCUGAAAGUAAGCACAGCAUUAUUUCCAGAUACAUAACAGACAUGACUAGAAGAGGUCACAUCGUGACAUCAGAUCCGGAAGAUGGCGAUGAUGAACUUGAGGACGAGGAUUACAAAUUUUCUAAAGUUUCUAUGACGUAAAGAACAUAAAAUCACCUUUAUUUUCAUACCUGGUCGCUUCUUAUUAUCUAGUCACAACACGAACUUAAGAACUGCAUU